AUGCCUCGUUUUGAUUUUUCAAACGGGGCGGUUCAAUACCAACCGUUGCAAUUGCAAAAGCGAGUGCUCCGACUGAUUGGCUACUAUCCGGGUGACGAUCGCUUGGCCCAUUGGGCUUUGAUUUUCGUACUGUUGUUCCAUUACGGCUCUCAAAUAUUCCUUACCUACCUUGAAGGUAGACAGUCAUAUAUCAAUCUCAAAGGAGGCGAUCUCCAGCAGGCUCUGGAAGUUAUCUGUGUCGCUCCGUCCCGAUUUGGCGGUGUAAUAAAGUGUUUUAUCCUGUACUGGAAGCGUAAAGAACUGAAACAACUGUUGGAUAUUUUGGAGGGUUUGUUUGAACGUAAGAAUCCUCGAGAAAAGAAAAUUAAUCGAUGGGCUACUUAUUGGGGCUAUCAGUUCACCUACUGGGAGCUGAUGUUCACUAAUUUGACAUGUGUGUUCUACUGUGUAUUACCGAUUGUUCUAAUGAUUUGGCAUUUCGUUGAUAAACCGGAUGAACCCAGAAUCUUCUUACUACCAUUCAAAGUAGGGCUCCUAUUCAACUAUCAAAAAUCUGUUCUGUUCGAAAUAACCUACGCCACGAUGAUUUACAUUGCCUUUGUACCUAUAUUCAUGAUGGCCGGUAGUGAUGGCUUGUUCAUCGGGGCUUGUCUAAUGGUUUCAAGUCAGUACAGCAUCGUACGACAGGAGCUGGAAGAUUUAAGCGAAUCCUUAAAGGCUAAUCAUAAUGCGGAAAUUACUCCUGAAGAGAACGAACGUGUUUGUGCGAAGCUGGAAUUGAUCGCACAGCGUCAUAACCAAGCAAUAGAUAUCACAAAUGAAAUGUCACGAGUGUUCAGGCUAAAUGUCUUCGCAAGCAUUACAAUUUCAGCACUCAAGAUCGGACUAUCCUGCAUCACCAUGAUGAAGGCAGACCAAUUCAACAAACUCAUCUAUGUAUGGUACUCACUGGGGAUUACGACGGAGAUUUACCUCUACUCGUACGGUGGAACGCAUUUGAAUGAAGAGAGUGAAAAGCUAAGCGGAGCGGCUUACGAUUUUCCCUGGUAUAACUAUCGAAAAAACGUUCGGAAUAUUAUCCAGAUGAUGAUGAUCCGUGCACAGACGCCAUCCCGAGUCGAUGUGCCUUUCUUCGAUGUUUCGGUUGUAACGUUCUCAACGAUUCUCCGGACUGCUGGAUCCUAUGUCACAAUGAUGAAAUCUUUUAUGUAA